AUGACAACAUUGAAUAAACUCGGCAUUCAGGGUAUCAGAUCGUUCUCAUCGGAAAGGAUCGAAGCUAUCGAAUUUGAGAAGCCUGUCACGCUCAUUGUGGGCCACAACGGAGCAGGGAAGACGACGGUCAUCGAGUGCCUCAAGAUGGCUACCACAGGAGUGCUGCCACCUAACUGCGAUAAGGGACACGGGUUUGUCUUCGACCCGAAUGUUGCCGGAGUGCCAGAAGUGAAGGGGCAGAUCAAGCUCAUGUUCCGCUCUGCUGCAGCGAAGCAGGUGGUCAUGUCCAGGAUAUUCCAGCUGACGAAUCAACGCAACCGAGCUGGGGUAUUGAAGACGACAUUCAAGCAGUUAGAAAGCCUCAUCAAGGUUAAAGGAGAGAAUGGAGCUCCAACUCAGACUAUCACUAAGAAGUGCGCUGAUAUGGACGUACUCAUCCCUCAGCUCAUGGGCGUUCCCAAAGCAGUUUUGGAAAAUGUCAUAUUCUGUCACCAGGAGGACAGUAAUUGGCCUCUAGCGGACAAAGCGGCUCUGAAAAAGAAGUUCGAUGAUAUAUUCGGAUCGGCUAGGUAUACGAAGGCGCUAGAAUCGAUUGAGAAGUGUAGGAAGGAGCUGAUGGCCGAGACGAAGGAUAAGAAGCACCUGCUGGAAAUGCUUGGGAAAGACUAUGAAGGAGCUCGCAGUCUAAAGGCACAGCUGGAAAUCCUAUCCCAAGAGGAGGGCCGUCUUUGCGACGAAGUCGAGGACAUGAACACUAAAAUUGAUCACGCACAGGGAGAACUUCGCGAGGCUGUCGCAGAGGAUGCCAAGAUGAGAGACGCCCAAGUCAAAUUGGCUGAGAAAAAAGUCGACAAGAAGUCGACCUUCAAUCCUCUCGCUAUUAUGCAACGGCUGCAGAAUGACAUUGCCACCUUGAGAGGUUCACUACCGGAGGUCUUCGAGGAUUCUCUCAGCGUUUUGGAAGCGACACUGACCAACGAACUUUCGGAAGAAUUCAUGACGGGAUUGCGACGGGCAGUUGAAGGUUCACAGAGGGCGCUUGAGGAAGGGGUGGAAACUCUCAGAGAACGAAACGCACAGACCCGAGCAAUGCGAGUUGAUGCAGGAGAAGCAGCAAACGCUCAUGAGCUGAUGGUUAUGAGACAACAGGAGUUGGAUCAUAAGCUGGCGACGUUGAAGGAUCGAGGACUUGUGAAGGGGGAUGCAUCACAAGAUACGCUUCUGGAGUGUUUGCAGUCCUCAAUAGUGGAACGGGUCAAGGAGUCACGACGAGCGCUUGAGGCUUGUCGAACCGAAGAGGAACGAGCGGAACAAGAACUAGCACGGAGGGAGUCGCUCUGUCAGAACCAGCGACAAGUACUGCAAAGCCUCGAGUUCAAAAGCUCCACGCUUGAACGUACGAAGGCGAAUUCCGGUCAGAUGCUCUCAGAAGCAAAAGAAACAGAAAGAGAGAUAAGUGAAGUGGAACGUAAAAUUGCCUCCACGAGCAAUAAUGCUGAGGCAUCGGCUCGCCUCCAGGAGAUCGAGCAAGCUCUUCGGAAACUGAUGAUAGAAAAAGGCGAGAAUCAGCGAGAAUUGGCACGAGCGUUGGAAUCUGUACAGAGGCUCAAUCAAGACAGUGGUGUCGCAACAGAGGCUGAGGUCCUCAGCCGCAAUGUUGAAAGUCUUCGGUUAACCAUGCAGAGGAUUAUAAACGAGAAUCCGGGGUUGGAUUCAACCAGCCCUCGAGACGCUCAACAAAUUCUGCAGCGUUCCAUUGACGCCGCUCGGGCUCAGAAGAACUCCGCAGGAGCCAAGCAGAAAGAAGCCAUUUCGACGAGGGCAGCGGCUUCGGCUAGAGUGGAGCUCGAGAGAGGGCAAUUGAAGGACGCUGAAGACCAGCUGAGUAUCUAUCAAGAUAGCUGCAAAGAAUUCGGCAAUGUCCGAGAGUUUUAUAAGUCCGCACAGAGAAGGUUGGAAGAGAAUCAGAAAGAGUAUUAUUUGGUAGAGGCCGGCUCGGAACUGUAUAAGUCUAUCCAAGCACGUUCGUUGAAGCGACAUAAAUGUCAGCUGUGUAAAAGAGGCCUCUCGUCGCAAGGCGUGGUGGAUGACCUCAACUCGACAGUGGAGAAGUUUGUGGAACGGGUACCGGAGAUGCUGGCCGCGCGGUCUCGUAUGAUAGAUGAAGCCAAGAAGGAGAUGGAAGCCGCAGAAGCCCUUCUCCCUGAUUGGGCGGCGCUAGAGAAGUUGCAGUCGACUACGAUUCCUGAUGUUAAUGAGCGGGUACAGGUUGCUGUUGCUCUGCUCGUGUAUGAGAGACCCUCGCAGUUACGAGAGGCGGAAUCGAAUCUCAGGCGGAUUGAGAUGGAGGCGGAUAGGUCCUUAGGACGACUAUCAGCUGCGGAGAAGGAGGUAGUAUCGCUGUCAUCGCUACAAUCAGCAGCAGCACGACUGGCAGCAACGGCACACCAACUGGAGACAGCUGAAAAGUCCUUGCGAUCGGCUGAGUCGCGGCUGCAGGAGGUUUCAGCAACAGGUUCGAAUCUCGUCCAAGAGCGGCGGAACGUCGAUGCCGCACAGAAACGGAUGAUGCGGCUUGAUGAGGAGGAGAAGAGCUUGCGAGACGAGAAGGAUAAGUUGGUCGAGGGACACAGCACAUCCCGUGUGGAGAAUGAGAAAUUGAAGGGUAAGCUGACCUCUCUACGAGAGCGGCUCGGGCGUAUUCGAGACGCUGAGAGUGAGGGGACGCGCGCCGCCGAGGAACUUCGAAAGCUUGACGAGCAGAUGGAUGGAUGCCGCGAAGAGCUGGGAAGACUCAACGAGGGGGUGGAGACGGCCCGUCGCAAAUUUGCUGAAGUUCGGAAUUCUUCUCGAGAGGUCGUUGAGAGUAAAGAGCAACGGGUUAGGGAGGUACAGCAAGAGAUUGACGGCUCCAGGCAGCUCGUAAACUCUAUAUCAGCGUUGAGAGAUAAAUCACAAAAGUCGUCGGAGAUUCAGCGUAAGUUCGCGGAGGCAGAGGCGGCGGAGCGAAGCGCCACGGACACUGUGGAGGAACUCCGUACCAAGCGAGGCCAAUGCGAAGGGGAACUCCGGGAGAAAGAGAGAUGCCGAGAAGAAGUCGUGCAGAAUAUCAAGCUGAAGUCUCUGCAGCGAGAGCUGUCGGAAUUUGAGCAGGAGGUUGAGACGCUGCAGCAGGAAUACGGUGUCGUUGACUUCGCGGGAAAAGCGAAGCAAGUUGAGGAUUUGCGAUCUUCAGUUUUGAGUCUGCGGGAGCAUAAGUCUAGAAUUGAAGGGAAGGUUUCUCAGCUAGUAGACCAGCAAAGAGCAGUUUCUCAUCAGCUCGAUAGUUCCCUUUACAAAAACAUCGACGACCGGCAUCGCUCCGCUCUGAUCCAGCAUGAAGUGUCUGCUAUGGCGACUCAGGAUCUCUCUCGCUAUCAUUCUGCGUUGGACAAGGCUCUUAUGAGAUACCACGUCUCCAAGAUGAUGGAGAUAAACCGAGUUAUCAGAGAGCUGUGGCAGCAGGUCUAUCGAGGCCGAGACAUUGACUAUAUAGCAAUUCGUUCCGACACUGAGGAUGGUGCCGCAAAUGUCACCAGUGCCACGAGGCUGCGAAGCUACAAUUACAGGGUUGUCAUGACGUGCCAAGGAGUCGAAGUUGACAUGAGAGGCCGAUGCUCAGCUGGACAACGAGUUCUUGCGUCUUUAAUAAUUCGCCUAGCGUUGGCCGAGAGUUUCUGCUGUAACUGUGGUAUUCUAGCACUGGAUGAACCGACGACGAAUUUGGAUUCCACCAACAUCGAAGGGCUGGCCGAUGCACUUGCUGAUUUGAUUGAGACCAGGCGAAACAGCUCAAACUUUCAACUGCUUCUCAUCACGCACGAUGAAGAAUUCGUGAGGAAGCUCGUGACCGGUCCGACUCAUCCGUGCGAUUACUAUUAUCGGGUUGCUAAAGAUAACGAGGGAUUCAGUUUUAUUAGACAGUGCAAUGUUAUAGAUCUACAAUGA